AUGGCCGUCUCCGACCUUGUCUUCCGAUGCUGGAGAUACUGGGCGUGGCUCCGCUGCUCGACUGCCCAGACUCGCCCGCGGGCUUGCUCAGUUUUCUCCGCUCCUUUCUCCGUACGCGGCGCCUCGCCCGCACUCGCUGGUGACCGUCGCGGGUGUCUCCAGUCUCUCCACCAUCGCGGGGGGGCCGGCUGGAGCCCGGAAGGCCCCCAGCGCGGUGCCUUGGCGACUCGACAGAGAAUGCAGGAGCUGAAGGAGCUCGACCUGCUGCAGAGGCAGGAGAAGCUCCAGCGGCGCUUGGUGGCCCUGCAAGAGGAGCAGCGACAGCGAGAGCAAGAAACGGCGCAAGAUGGAGCUUCACAUUCCGAAGACGCUGUAGCGCUGCUGAACGGGCUAAGCAGCGCUCCAGGGGACCCCUCGAAAGCGAGCGAUGCUGAGAAACAGAGCCAACAGCUCGGGGCAGCAGCGAUCCGCACAUCUGGUGGGGUAGGGGGGGGACGAGGCCCAGACCCCGAGCCCCUUGGCGGCGCCCGGGAGUUUCAGAAGAAGCUCUCGUAUCGAGGAGGAGGGAACGCUGGACGAAGAGUGACAGUCGAAAUUUCUAGCGAUCGUUUCCCGCUGCAGAACGACGCGUUGCAGGAGAAGGCCCACGAUCGAGACUUCUCCUUCGGAGACCUCCUGCCUCUGCCGAACUCGUUCCUGUCGGGCUCGGGAGAAGACGGACAGUGCCCCCCAGCGGGCGAUGAGAGCCUGCAGCCGCUCUCCGGUUGCGGGGCGAGGAGUCGUUCUCUCGAGGUCUACGGCGACAAAGAGAAUCGCGCGCCAAGAGACAAUGGGAGGCAUGGGUACACUUCGACGCAGUUUCCCUGCUUCGUGGAUUCCGUGGACUCUGCCUUGCCGUCGUUUCUCUCCAAGCCCGGCGACCCCUCUCUGUUUCUUUCUUCUUCCCUCGGCUCCUCAGGCCUUUGCGCCUCCUUUGGAAACUCUCCAGUUGCUGUGUCGGCGUCAGCGGGUCCCCUCCGCCAUCCGGUCGAUUCGGAUGUCCCCAGGCCCCAACAGACACCGGAUGCCGCCGCCUGCGCGUCCGUUUUUUCUUCCCUUGCGCACUCGAGGAAGACGCGCGCGCCUACUCUGCUUCAGUGUGAGUGGGCUGCGGCGGCGUCGCUGCCUCUCUCGCCCCUUCCUCUUGCUAGGCCCGGAGAGGCCUGCUUCCAGGUCAGCGAAGCGUCUGGAUGUGCGGUGCGAAGAAGUCUGAGUUGGCGACAGUACCCGGUAGACGCCGACGAGAGAGCUACCCCCGCAGACAAGAGCCAGAGAAGGACGAAGAGCGUGCUGCCCGCGUCCAGAAACUCGGGGGCCGUGGUUUUUGAGCUGAGUGCGCGGGCCAUCGACGAAACCCCACAGAGCGCGGGCGCCAUUCAGCAGCCAAUCAGCUACAUUCUCCCUUCCGGGCGGUCGCGCGACAUCUGCCCGCCUCACAAACACUUGGCGCAACAACUGAAGCUCCGCGAGAGGAAGCAGCAGGAACGCUUGCAGCGACUCGAGCGGCAGCAACGGAGAGAGGAAGAAGCGCGAAAGCGGACGACUCAGGCGAGCGGGAAGACCCAGAAAGCCGAGCAGGGAGCUACGCUUCGCGGGCAAUCGAGACAGCCUCCGCGAACGGACGCGCGCGGAAGUCCCUCUGAGCAGACGCCAUCCCCCGCGCACGCGAAGACGCUUCGCUUCAGUGGCCAGGGACCGGCUUCCAAGACCAGAGGAGCCGAAGCGCGGGCGGCGCCGCCCGCCCUCUCCCUCUUCGUACCAACGACUGCCAAGGCGUCUACGCAAAAGGCCAAGGGGCUACACUCGAGUGAUAUACGCUGCUCGACAGAACCAGUUGGGCCUUCGUCACGGUCUACCGAUCUCGGUGGAGCGACUGUGAGGACACAGCCGGUGAAAGUGCGCGUGCGCACUCGAGAAGGGCAGCUGGCUCACCCGUACUCAGCAGGGCCAGCCAACGCAGCGGAGCGAGAGUCUGGCGUGAACGUCGCUGAGAAGCGCGCCGCGAGGGCUGCCCUGACCCGAGUCGCGGGCGACGCCUCGCCGCAGGCGUUGCGGAGAAAACGUGAUGAACGGGGGGGCAGGGGGGGCAACCUCAGUUUACCUUCCGACUCCGCUGCUCCGUCUGAUGCGGUGGAGCCCAGACGCCGAGAAUGCCAUGCCCCCGUGCCGUCUCGUAGAGCGGACUACCGGUCCGCAGCAUUGGUGGGUUACGAGCCCCCGCGCGAGGGGUUGAGGCCCGCGAGGGGAGGAGACCCCGUACACUCCAAAGGGAGUGGAGCCGACCCGCGCUCCGCGCCGUCCUCACUCAAAACGUCUGUCGCACCGGUAAAGCCUUGCUCUGUGCCUCUGCGACGAGAAGGUCAGGGAGAGUUGAGGGGGCGAGACACGCUGAUUGUGUGCGGCGAGGGUCUUCUGGGAAGCAGGCGGAAGCGUGACGGAGACAGCCUGAGUUGCGGGGGCAGACAGGACACGGACGCCUGCGAGGCGCGAGGACAUCUGCAGUAUCAACCAGAAGAGGAGGACGACAAAAAACUGCGGCGGCUUGUUCGCAUGCUCCGCGCGCGGCUUCUUGAGACAGAGGAGAUGGAAGCUGAAGGCCACAGCCCGGAGUCUGCGGGAGGACAAGGCAGAGCGCGCCUGCGUCGUGCAGAGGGCCAGGCGAAGCAGCCGGGGAGAAAGGGCGAACACUGGGAAGGUCGGGUGGGCGGGAAAGAAGACGACGAGGGACUCGGCGGAGAGGCACGGAAGGACCCUCGGCGAGAUUCGCUGGCUGGCCGGCAGAGCCCGCGAGCGUCGUGCCCGAGGGUGACGCAUGCUUCGUUGACAAGCCGGAAAAAGGGAGAGAGAGUGCGAUCCGAACAAGGGGCAGAACGAGGAUUAUUUUCAAACCGUCUCCAAGAUGAAGACGCAAGUGUGGAGGACAGCAGAUCCCGAACAAGUGCCGAAAGUGAUAGUGGCUGGAGCAUUGUGAGGCGGCUUCGGCGGAUUCUGCAAGUAGAAGAAGAGCGAAGAAGAAAAGGAAAGCCUGACUUGACAGCUCGAGGACGAGGGCAACGGACGCGGCGAAGGCCGCCGAGUGCAGGGAGGGCCGCAACGUCUGAGAGCGACACCGCCGCCAGAGUCGUGCGGCACCGGGCUGCGAAGAGUGAGACGCGACGCUCAAGGAAACGUGGAUUUCGUCCCAACAAACACCAGAGUUUGAGCCCAGCAAACUGGGGCGGGCUCUCGACGCGGCGCCGGCAGCAAUGGACUGAGUCCGCUUCGCCUUCGACAUCGGGGAGCUUCAGCAGUUUUCGAGAGUCGGCGUCUUUGCUCUCGUCUGCGGGUCCCUCCUCUGCGUCGGCGUCUUCUCUCUUUUCUCCCUCGUCUCUGUCUCCAGGCCAGCAAGCCGCGCUGGGGAAUGCAGCGAGUCUGGCGAGCAGCACCAGCAGCGCGUCUGCGCCGUCGCUCAUCACCAAGUGGCUCCAUUACUCGGCGACCCUUCUCCAGAGUCAGGCACUCGCCGACAGCAAACCGCAAUCUCCCUCCGCUCAGCUGGAAUCGCCGUCCUGUCUGAAGAGCCGACGCCGAAGGCGCCAAGAAGAAAGUGAGACAGGUUCUACUCUGCAUCCGCGCCGCAAUCGUGAGAAGAGCAGUCCAAUCUGCACGCGCCGAAGUGAGGACGAAAGUGAGGAAGAUUCUCGAGACCGCGCAGGGCGGAGGCGCGAGUCCCUCUCUUCGUCUUCGUUCCCUUCCCGAUCUCCCAGGCUACGGCUCGGCGGCGCCGACGUCUCCAGCGCUAGGGCGACCGGGACGGCGCGGAGAUCGGGGAGAAAAGGCCGGUCAAGGGAAACGAAGAAGAGAUACAAUCCCCUCACGGAGGACCCUGUAGACGUUGUCCGCCGCAUAAAGAAGCGCCUGGGUCUUCCUGUGUCUUCUGAGUCCUCGCGCCAGUCGUCGCCCGAUCGAGCGUCCCUGGUCGGUGCCUCUCCCUGCUCGGACGAAAAGAGACGCUUGCAGCCUAGGAAGCAGCGCUUGGAGGGACAGGCCACAACCCUAGCCGAUGCGACAGAUGGUUCUGGCAGCCCGUGGCCAGGACGGAGGCGAGAACCCUCGCUCCGCGCGCCUGACCACGACUCGCCUGCCUUCGUCGCCGCGUCGGUCGACACGCCGCAGCCGCGUGGAGCACAGGUUAGUCGAGACGCUCGCGGAGCUGAGGUGGGACUCGCCUGGAGCGAGGAAGAGUCAGGAAGGGUGCGGCCUCCCCCGCGGGCACACCCCGCCGCGACACGUGCAAUUUCCCCAGAGAAGGGCGAAGAGAGGGAAGGAUUCGAUGCCUAUUUGAAGGCGAAUGAGGAUGGAGCGAGCCAUUCCCGCGCCUGGAACCCGCUCUCGAGCCUCUCGCUCUCCAUUUCAUCCUCGUCUCGCUCGUGUUCGCCGUCGAAAAACCGCGUCGCAGCCGCCUCAGGGGUCACACAACCUGCCGCCGGCUGCCAGGACCGAGGCCGCGGGGAUCCGCGCGACCUCGUGCGGCUCUCAGACUCAGGCGACCUCCGUCUGUCUCUUUCCGCCGAGCCCGUCCUGGCGGAGCAGAGACGCGGAGGUUGCAAGCAGGAGCGAGCCCCGGGGGCUGGAGUUGAGAUCGAUGUCACGCUCGUGCGCCUCCAGGAGCGUCCGCCAAGAGCGGAUGCACGGGACAGGCGCUCGAAGACACCAGAGACCCGCGAGCCCUGCGAGAGCUUGCGUCUCGCCGAGCAGCUGCAAACGGGGCCAAACGCGGAAACGGCACAUCAGGCCGUGCAGCGACGGUCUUCACAGCUCCUCUCCUCCUUCGUCUCCGAAGAUUCGCAUCUCGAGGAAGAGCCAGGCUCCGCAGCGAGGCACAAACCGACCGCGUCCAGCCGAAACACUCGUGACUCCACACCGGUCCUAGCCGGAGGGACGCAUCAGGAAGCAUACGAACCCGGCGAGGUGCCCCAGCCAGCUCCAAGAGCGACUUUCAAAGGAACACCCGAUGUGGAGAUCCACGCCGACGGCACAUUCCACCUCUCGACUCUCCGCGGCCGUGACGACCCCCAGGGGCCUCUCCGUGUCUCUGCCCUCCUCCGGUCUCUCUCCAACGCGUCUGAGGUUCUCGCAGAAUCCGGAGGAGAGACCUCUGGCGAGCGCGGGUCUCUGCCGACUCAGCAGACCGAGGCAGGCGGUGCGUCUUCUGGCGGUCGCCGCGUCUUCCUCUGCGCACACCGCGCCACGAGACAGCUCGAUGGAGGAGACGAAGCAGCCGAUACGCGGGCGCCUUUGGCGCAUGUGGGAAUGCACGGGGAGAGCGAGAAGAGGCCCGACAUGCCGAGAGAGCUGCGAACACCUGAUAACGAUGUGGUACUUGCGCCGGAAAGACCUAGGAAGCAGCUUGACGCAGUGUCACACGAGGAGGAAGAAACGAAGAGUUUGAAGCACGCGGGAAUCAAUGGCGGGGCUUCAGAUAGGCGAACCGUCUCUCUGUCUCCUGUUAACUCGUGUCGAGGUGAGACCGCGUUGAGCGGAGCGACGUCUGCGCACAAAAGCGUUGCAGACGGCGAGGGGGCUGAGCGACACGACGCAGAGCCGCAGUCGCAACCUUCCCCAAGGUCCGGCGCCUAUCUGUUCUCGGAGUUCCCGCAUGCCGACGACAGAUUCGAGGAGGUGCGACCAUGUGAAGACAGAGAGCUGGGGCAGACCCUAUCGGCGCAGCUCGCGGACAUUCAGCAGCUUCAGAGUCUCUUGGAGGAGGCCGCGGCACUCGAAGGGCCUGCGCCGCAUCUUCCGCGCUUCGUCGACGGCGGGUCGCCGGCAGGGCCUACGGCUGGGAAGUUCGAGGGCGAGCAAACCAUUAAAAACGACGAUGGAAAUCAUGUGUCUAUUGAUGAUUGCCCGCCGAAAUCGGCUAAUCUUGAGAGACUCGCGCAAGUCGCUGCGUGCCGCGCACAAGGACAGGCGCUUUCUUUGAAAGGCUCCGCACAAGACGCGGGUGCUGUACUAGACGACAGAGUGACGGCGGGCUCAGAGGGACGGGAAGGAGAUAUUCUGACGGAAAGCGCGAUGGGAAGCGGAGAUCAACGAUCGCGAUAUGCAGAGGGAGGACCGGGAGAGCGAAGUCAACCGGCGAGAGAGGAACGCGCCGAAAGGCAGAACGAAGCGAGAAGGCGGAGCGAGGCCGCGCCGCGAACAGAAAGUUCACAGCACCAAAUCGAACGAGCCCCGGGGAGGGCAACCUGUGGGAAGCGCGCGACAGAAAGCCAAGCCGACGAUCUUCUAUCUCUUUCCCGAUCUGGCGCAUCUUUGGGUGGGAUGCUCGCUGCUCUCUGUCAUGGCACCAGUGAAUACUGCGAAGGGGCGAGCGACCGUCCUGCGUCCGCGCACGCGGCGCAUGUCCUCGGCUGUGAGACUCUUGCGCCGCUGGCAGCUGAAACGGCGUGGCUGUCCCUGUCUCCCGAAGAAGGAAAGGGCCUGGGACAGGAGGAAAUGAUUGUUAAUCAGGCCUCCGGUAUUAAUGCCGAUCUGCCUUCUGGCUCUACGGGGUCACGAGGCCUGCGCAGCAAGGGGCCUAAGGGGCUGCCGGUGCGCGAGUCCGAGGAACUGGACGCGCGUGCCCGUCCUCCGCGAGCAGACAGCGCGAAUCUAAGAGCGGCUGCUGCACACAACGAUCAGCCAGAGAAAGGAAGUCGUGAUCGCGUGAGCGGAGCGGAGGACGGAGGUUCACUAGCCACCCGUCAUGCAUCAGUGGACUGUGAGGAGACUCCAGGUGCAGUUCAGGCCACGCAGUCUCGGAAUCUUGUACCGACGCGAGCAGAGGACUGCAAGGACGAAGAUUCAAGCGGCAAACGCGCCGAAGGGGACGAAAAGACUGAGAUGAGGCCACAAGAAGGAUUCAAUAAUGAAACCCAGACUCAGAUCUCGCCUCCGAAGUCGCUCUUGCCCAUGCUGACCAACCUCCUUCAAACGCAGCAGCCCCUCCUGCAGCGCUUGCUGGAGCAGCUUCAAGACAGCAAGGGCCUUCCAGGCGACUCCGAGCGAGGAGACAAGGAGUUGCCAUCAGUCUCUGCUCCCCUCGCUGCUCGGGCGUCUGGGCAGGGACUCCACAAACCGCCGACCGUUCUGGAUCGCGAAAGCAAAUUUCCAUCAACAGCGCAUGCAGACACUUGCGGUGAGACUCGAGCUGCCCAGGGCUCCGGGGCGCACGCAGCCGCGGGCCCGUCUGAGAACGCCAGCGCUCUUCCUCAGGGUGUUCCUUCCCUCGCUGAUAUGCAAGGGCACUCCGCGGCGGCUUCCCUGACUGCGGAGUGGAGCUGUGCCGUUGCAGCGCCUCGCGAAGAAGGCGGCCUGCCUGCCGCACAAGGUCGAAGGAGGCCUGCGGAGCGACAGGAAGGGCACCAGCUGUCAGCCGCGCACUCUGCGGAAAGCGCGCGGGUAAGCGGACAAGACAGACGCGAAGACUACACUGAAGCGGAGGCAGUUCUCACGCAGAAGCAGCAAGAAGACCGAGCGGAGGCGCCCCCGAGGGUGCACCCUGCACCUGCAGGCACCGCACAGGACGAGCAGCUGAUGGACGUUCCCGACGAGGGGAUCAGAGAGAACGUCGACCGGCUGAAUACCUCUGAGUUGGAGGGCGAAAGGAGAGGGCCAGAAGGGCUUUUUCGAGGCAAGAUAGAAGAUGGGCAGCUGCCUGGUGGAGGUACACUUCCGGAGGAGGGUCGCCCAGAGGGCCAGGAGAGGCUGCAACUGCGAGACAGGCUGCGGGCUCCGAAGGAGCUUGUUGAGCUUGGGUGGCUCAUCGCGUCCUUCAGCGAGAUACAACACACGCUCCAGAAUGACUCGACUAAGGGACCGAAAAGCGCACGAGUGCCAGAGACUGGUUUCACGGAAUGGGAGGACAUGCUGAGCAAGCAGCGAAGCCUCUUUCUCGAAAUCAUUGCCCGGCAGCCGCUCAGCGUUUUGGGAAGUCUUCCGCCGCCAGAAAUGACCGACGAGCGAAAAGCCCUCGCUCAAGAGGGAGACUGGUCUUGCGGAGGAAGCGACAAACCACGGCACUCGAGACGAAGCGCGGUGGCGCCCCGAGAGGCCGAGCACAGUUCUCGCGGGCGCGAGGGGUGUCGCACCUCGGGAGACGUGUUCUUCGGCAGAGGAAGGGCAACUGUUGGGGCGUGGUUAGACAGGAGGGGAACAGAGAGCGAUGACAGUGACUCCGUCUGCUGCCUGCCAUCAACGAGGAAGGAUUCGGAAGAAGAAAGGGGGCUCAUGGAGGUGCUGAGCUUGGAGAAGAGAUCCAGAUCAGGCCACAGGCGGCGAAGAUACCCCAUGUCGAGGGGCGCUGACGUGCACGACCGCGAGGAAACGAAUGAGCACCGCUGGCUCAACUGGGGCGGCGCAGAAGCUUACCUGGAGCAAAGACGUAGACUGCAUGAAAUUGUUCAGCGAGAACUAGGGAGUGAAGAGGACUGA